AUGUCCUUCCUCCGAGCCUUCACGCGGCGCGCCGCGCUCGCCCGCAAACCCACCCGACCCAAUGUCGCCAGCCGACGGACAAUUAUGCCCGCACCAGGUCCGAACGCAGGACCACUACUGGAGCGACGUGCGGACCGUGAGCUACCGAACCCAAAGCCAGGCCGGAAAUGGCUGUACACAUUUCCGCUCUUCGCGUUGGCGACGGGAGCAGGCAUGCUUGGAAUCUUCAAUUACCAGAAGUCGUCGUCGAGCAUCGUGCACAGCACGCUCUAUGCGCUGCGGACUUCGUCGCGGGCUCGCGAGAUCCUAGGCGAUGAGAUCUACUUCGCACAGCAGAUUCCGUGGAUUAGUGGAGAGAUGAACCAAUUGCAUGGUCGCAUCAAUAUCUCGUUUUGGGUUAAGGGGACGAAGUCCCAGGGCAAGAUGAGGUUCCGCAGCAUUCGGCCGGAUCGUAUGAGCUAUUUCCGUACUGAGGAAUGGAGUCUGGAGAAGGAAGAUGGAACGGUGGUUCAAUUGCUCGACGGUGAUAGCGAUCCCUUCCAGAAGAACUGA